UACUUCCCAGGGGGCUUUUUAAUACAUCUAAGAUGGUCCGUGAACAGUACACUACAACUACAGAAGGCACCCACAUACAGAGGCCAGAGAACCAGUGUGUCUACAAAAUUGGCAUUUAUGGCUGGAGAAAGCGUUGCCUCUACUUAUUCGUUCUUCUUUUACUCAUCAUCCUCCUUGUGAAUUUUGCUCUUACAAUUUGGAUUCUUAAAGUGAUGUGGUUUUCCCCAACAGGAAUGGGUCACUUACGUGUUACAAAAGAUGGUCUUCGCCUAGAAGGAGAAUCAGAAUUUUUAUUCCCAUUGUAUGCCAAGGAAAUACACUCCAGAGUGGACUCAUCUCUGCUUCUGCAGUCAACUCAGAAUGUGACUGUCAACGCACGCAACUCUGAAGGAGAGGUCACAGGCAGAUUAAAAGUGGGUCCCAAAAUGGUAGAGGUCCAGAGUCAACAGUUUCAGAUCAACUCCAAGGAUGGCAAGCCACUGUUUACUGUCGAUGAAAAGGAAGUCGUGGUUGGUACAGAUAAACUUCGAGUAACUGGGCCUGAAGGUGCACUUUUUGAACAUUCAGUGGAGACCCCCCUCGUAAGAGCUGACCCAUUUCAGGACCUGAGGUUAGAAUCCCCCACACGGAGUCUAAGCAUGGAUGCCCCAAAGGGUGUUCAUAUUAAAGCUCAUGCUGGGAAAAUUGAGGCUCUUUCUCAAAUGGAUAUCAUUUUUCAAAGUAGUGAUGGAAUGCUUGUGCUUGAUGCUGAAACUGUGUGUUUACCCAAGUUGGUUCAGGGGACUCGGGGUGCCGCCGGCAGCUCACAAAGACUCUAUGAAAUCUGUGUGUGUCCAGAUGGGAAGCUUUAUCUGUCUGUGGCUGGCGUGGGUACCACGUGCCACGAAAACAGUCACAUCUGUCUCUAAACCACCUGCAUCUUC